AUGUCUUUGUCAAAUACAGAAAACAUUUCUUUUAGUGAUAAACCAAUCGAAGAAGAUAAUAAUCUCAUAAAUGAAACUUUACAAACAUGCGUAAUUUGUCAUGAUGAAAUAACUUCUUUAUAUCAAUUACCAUGUAAUCAUAUAUUUCAUGUUAAUUGCAUCGAAAUAUGGUUAAAAAAGGAUGAAAAUUCUAAAAAUUGUUCGAAAUGUAAAGAUCCAUAUAAUGAAGACGAAUUAAAUACAAUAUUAAAACAUAUUGAAGAAUCAAGAAAUUUAAAACUCAAAAGAAAAUUAAAAGAAAUAGAAUCAAUUAAAAGGAAUUUCGAAAGAAGUUUAAAAAAAACAGAGAUCAAAACUGAGAAUAAAUUACAUGAUGAAAAAAAAAAAUUCAGAGAUAGAAAAAAAAAACUCAAAGAUGAUUACGAUACUAAAGUAAAAAAAUUAGAAGAAGAGAAUGAGAAAAUGAAUAAAAAUCUCAAUGAAGAAAUUAAAACAAAAAAAUUAAAACUAUCAAAUGAAAAUGAAAUUAGAUUAGAACAUAUAAAUAAAAAAUAUGAUUUAUAA